UGAUGCUGAGUCUGACUGAUAACGAUGCAGUUUUGCAGGAAGGUGCUCUGCCAGCCGUGCAGUGCCAGAGUCACUUCACCGGAGGAGGGCAUGGAAUAUAAGAUGGGGAGCUGCAUCGGAAUCUCAAAGAAACAGUGUCUUUCAGCCAGCUGAUGUGACUGGCUGUUGGUCUGGGCAGUUGUGGCCCUUCACCUGGCUGAGCCAUGGGGAACGAGAACAGUACAGCUGAGGCACCGCCAGAAGAGGGCGCUCCAGAAAGCGUUGUUCUAUUUCCUCCACAGGAAAAUGAAAAUGACUCACUGCAGACUGAUGCUUACGCUGAGAGUUUGAGCGGACGGGACAACACAGCGCUGCUGACCGAGGCCUCCACCAGCCAGCCCGGUCUGUUCCCAGACAUCCCAGUCCUCAGCGGGGAGGAGGAGAGCGCCGGUGCUGCUGCUGCAGACCAGGACGACCAAGAAGAGCUCGAGUUUCCCCACGACCUGCUUCCCAAUUUGGAUUUCAGCAGCGAGUUCAACAUCUGGGAGUCUUCACUGGGAGGUCAAACUAGUGCAGGUGAGAAGAAAUGCGAGCAGGUGAACCCCCUGCUGGUGGGUCUGCAGCAUCACGUGGAAGUCAGUCGACCACCGGUGGUUGUAGAUGCAAGGCCUUAUGGUUGUGAGCCAGUUGUCGCAGAUGACCAGCCUCCACCUCAGUGUGCCACCACCCCUCACCUGGGACCCCCACGCCCCGCUGCCCCAUCCGUGCUGUUCGACCAGGAACUCCAGGAUGCCUUCCGGGAAUGUGAAGAGCAAAUGGCGUCAUUGUUCACUCCCAUAGAGCCCACAAAGGUUUACAAUGCAGAGGAGACAGACGGUGAGGUGAUGGUUAAGAAGUCCACUGAGUCAUCGUCACCACCUCCAAUCGUAAUCCAGCCAGGACAUAGCAACAGGAGCCAUGGAAACAAGAGUACACAUGGAAACAGUGAGGAAGAAAGCAGUGAGACAGACAGAGUUGUGUUUAGUUUCAGGAAUUACAUACUGGGGAUUGAGAAUAAUGUUGGGACAGCGGAGACGGAGAGCAAAAUAACUCAGGACCUGGAUACAUGUUCAGAGGUUACGCCAGAAACAGAUAAACAGAGGGAAACAGCUUCGCAUACAGAGUCAGAAAUAGCAACAGAUUUAUAUAAAGAACCCUCAAAACAGGCCGAUGUUAGCAAGCAGAAAGACGGUCAAGUGCAGGAACAUGUUGAUUCUAGUGCAGCUGCAGAGGAAAAAAGCACCGUAGACUGUGAUACUGUAGCCAAAGACGAAAGAACAGAGGCGGUAACAGAGGCUGCAACCACAAGGAAGGAAAAUCAAAACUAUGAAUAUGAUCUAAACAUUUGUGAGGGGGAAAGUGAGGCAGAAAAUCCCCUUAAAGAAUGUGGCACACAUCUAAGUGAUGCAGGUACGCUAUCAGGGCUGCAGUCAGAAGCAAAGACAAAGACAGAGCAGAACAAAGAGCAGAGUCAGUCAGACUGUAAAACCGAUAAACAGAUGGGUUCAGCACGUGGCACAAAGGAUGGACAGAGCAAAGACGGAAAGAAGAGGAAACAAAGGAAAAAGAAAAAGCUGGAGAACAAACAGAAGGCAGUGAUGGGGGAACAAGCUGAGGAUAAAAUGCAAGCUGCCUCCCUCAUAAAUGCUGGCUCUAAUACGGAUUCACCGGAAAAAGGAGUGUCUGUGUCAGAGGCUGACGCUCACGCUGUGAUUUAUGGGGAACAGCCUGAUAACAGGUUUGAUUACGAGCACAAGCAGCAGCUGAGUCCUGCGGGAGUUCUCAUCUCCAACCCCCCUUUAGCAUCCCCCGUUAGUAGUCAGGAUCAUCUUACUGCUCCGCUCAGUUCACCUGCAUCCAAGCAGCCUUUUUCACAGAUGCCCCAUCAGUCAGACAACCACAACCAAGUGGUUGCUCAUAGUAUCAUGCAUCAGCGCUCCCAUGAAAACUCACAGUGGGAGCAACAAGCAGCCGCAGGAGAAACUACACCCACAAUAACGGUCCAAGACGAAGCUAUCAAACCAACAGCUUCAAGUGACAGGAUAUCAGACGCACAAACACAGGAGGCUGUAGUUACUACGGAAGCAAAAAUACUCACACAGGAGGAUCAGAGCCCACUCUCCCAAAGAAGAACUAGUGUGGGAGAGUGUUACGUGGACGGUGCUCAUGAAAAGGCUUUAAUGAUGGUUACUGCGUUGCCACUGACAACACCCACAUUGCCAGAAGUAAUUGAAAGCCAGGGAGAGGGAGAGAGCAUGAGGCAUGAUUUUUUAGACACAGUAGCUACUGCAGCAGUGGCAGGGAGUGAGAAAGGAACAGGAGAGAACAAACUGGGAGGCGUGGAACAGCACCUCAGUUCUGCAGACGAGGAAAGAAAUAAACUUGUGGACAGCCCCCAUCAGCCCUCAUUAAUCUGCUCGCAGGAAAAAUGCACACUUGCAUUGUCAGCCACAGAGGGACAAUCUGCGUCUGAGAAAAGCUGCAGCAGCAAAAUGCCACACAACUUGGCUGAAACUGAAAUGAAGAGACCGGCGGGGAUGAGCAUUUGCAGCUCAGACGCAGACUUCUCACCGGCUGAAGAGGGAGACGUAGAAAAAGAGCUACUAGGAUCUGAAGCCUGCACCGGUGCUUCUCCCCCUGGGCUGCUCACAGGCUCUGAUUGCCAGGAUCGCUGUGCUGCGGGAUUGGAAAGAUUGGGAAAAGGGGGAGGGGGAGAGAGGGAGGAGGUGGGAGGAAAAGGAGGGCCUGCUGGAGAGCACGCUUCCUUCAGCCAGCCAGAAGGCUCUGCGAGCGGGGUGUCAUCAGCUGAGACGGAGAGGCAUCCGCCCACAGAUGUUGCCGAGUCACAGCUGAAGUCACAGGGCUGGAGUGGACCGACCGCUCUCAUCACUGAGGACAUCUGCUCUGAACAGGACCGUCUCUUCCACCCCCACCAGGAAAGGCGCAGCGAGGCAGCUUCGCCUCUCCCCACUUUCACUGAACAGAGCUCCAGCGAUGCAGAUGAAGGGAUAAAGGCUCAUCUCGUGCAGGGACUGCUUUCAGAGGAAGCUUUGCAUUUGGGAAACACUUGUGUGGAGUCAUCCAUCGGAGAGGAAAACAACAAUCAAGUCUUCUCAUCUCCAAUCCCACCUCAGCUUUCGACUUCAGUACUGCAAACCACGCAACAAGCAAGCAACGAUCAACAGGUUCAACCUGGGAGCAGAAGAGGAGACGGGACAACCGAGAGUGAAGCUGCAACCCAGAUCAAAGGUGGGAGUCCUGCGUUGUCUGGAGUGGAUGCUGGCAUUUGCAACAGCAGUAAAGGUAACAACAGAGUUCACUUUGCUGACACUGUGAUACAAAAGGUUGAUUCAUCCCUGGAUCUCAAGAACAUGUCCAUCCCGGCGUUGGACUGCGCCUCCUUGCCUCCACUGACCGUCCACGAGAGUUUGCACCAUCCUGUUGUUGAGGCCUGCUACACUUUCUCAAACUUUCUGAGUUUGAAGAAGCCAGAGAUCUCCACGAACUCUGCUCCCACCAAGAAUGAAGCAGCACUUUGCAGCUCCGCUGAACGUUGGGAGCCACAGACGGAGGUGCAAACGGACAAAGGAGAUUCUGGGACUAAUGAUACGAAGAAAAACACAGAUCACUCUGGUCAUGACAGUCUUGAGACAAACACUGAUUUGCAGAUGGUGACCGGCUCAGGAGAGCUUUCUUGUCCCGCUGAGAGGAAUCGGACAGAUCAUGCAGAUUAUUACACUGAAGCUGUUGAGUUACAUGGUGCGUCUGAAGGCUUCCUUGAAACUGGUGUGCAAAAGGAGUUGUCUUUAACACAUGAGGUCACUGCAAUUCUUGAUGAAAAAGAAGGGAGCCACUGUCCUCCAUCUCUGCUUCCAGAUGAGGAUGUUACCUGCAAACCCGUCUCCACUGAAUCUCCUUUGGGGCAGCCUUUGGCUGACGUGGACUCCAGCUCAAAGUCUGAUGCUGGGACCUCCACCUGUGCACCUUCUGACCCCAGUAAUCAAACUCCAAGCAAACUAGUUGAAAUGCCUCCAAGCGGACUUGACAACCUGGAUCUGGUGAAGGCUGGUGACGAAUCCACAAGUGUGGCGGCUGAUCCGACAAAGGAUGAAGCGGUGACGGCCUCUGAGCAGGCUAGUUCUGCCGCCUGCCCCCGUCUCAACAAUCCACUUUUUAUCCUGCAGCCUCCUGGCCCGAUGUUGAAUCAUUUGGAGUUCAUCACUGACUCUGAUAUUAUUCUCCCCGAGCAGACAGAUAACCGCAGUGCUGCUGACAGAGACUGCGCCAACGUCUCCAAAGAGGUGGACGGCAAUAAAACCAGUGAAAUGACACUAAUGUCUUUAGCACAGGAUCUGGAGCGCAGUAAUGUCAGUGUUAAAGCAGAUGAGAUGCAUCAGGAGCUGGGGGAAAGGAACAAUGCUGAGCAGACCGUUGACGAAUGUGAGAAUUCUGUUACCAAUAAUACAAUUACUACUUCUUCACUGGAGGAAAACCCGCCUCACGCCGCUCAGACUCUUGCUGCAACUGCUUUACUGUCAAAAGAUGAAUGUGAUAACUUGAUUUCUUCAUGUCACACUGAGCCAGAUUCUGUUGGCACAGAUGCCGUUCCUUGUAAAACAUCCAUUAGCAAUGACCUAGUAGCUGUGAGCUGCCCUGUCAGCUCUCACCUGCUUGCCAGUAAGACCCACCAUGAAGUUCAAGAAGACAAUAUUGAAGAAAAAAGCAAAAUGAGAGAUAAGACGUCAGAAGAAAAGACACAAACUAAAGAAGCAACAACUGAUAAUCAAACAGAAGCAGUAGGUAGUAGCAAGCAGCAGGCAGGAAAGGAAGGCUCCGUAUUACAAUAUCCUAAUGAGCCAGACAAAGAGACUACCGUGGACGCUGGAGAUUUGCAGCUGCAAGAUGAACAUGAAGUGCAGCCACCAUCAACGAAUAUAAAGAACGAAGGAGACAGAAAUAAGAGUUUAGAACACGAAGAAAAAUCUGAGAUUCAAACAUCUUCCCUUUCUCUUGAGAAAACGUCAGCGACAGCCGACGUGAUGCUGCCAAGUGAGUCGGAGUUCAGUAGAGAAACUCGGACCAUUUAUGACCAGGACCUGAACCAAACAGCCACAGCCAUGCCGGAGCCCGGCUCUGACGCUGCACCAGAUUUGAAGCCAGCUCUCGGCCAAUCGCAGAGCCCACAAGAUCUAAACUGUUUUGCUCAGCAACAGGAGCAGUGUCUGGGAUCCCGACAUUCCACAGAGGAGCUGUCAGGUGGAUUUGUGCAAGAGGGAGAAGAGGCCAACAGUCAGACCCAAGCGCCAGACUUAGCCGUUAAAGAGGCAGCAGAGGCAGGAGGCGGCUCUGCCGAGGGGCUGUUUCAGUCAGAAAGCAAAGAUGAGUUGGCGGGUGACGAGAGUAGUCACGAUGAUGGCGUAAUGGGCCAAGAGAAAGGCAAGGGAGCACAGGAUUCAUCAGAGGCUGGAAAGGCAGAUGUGCCGUGUCACCUUUCCAGUAAUUUAAAUGGAAGUGCUGUUGAGAGUGUUGACAUUGGGAUAGCAACAGUUUACUCUCAAGUAGAUGUGACAGGACAGGGGGUUGAUGAGAAUAAAGACUCGGGGUUAGGGGUAAGAGAGACGGAGCAAAAUUUAAUUGAGACUGCAGGUGAAUUGGAAGGUAAAAAGCAGCAAAUGAGCAACCUGUCAGCCGCAUCUCAAGACCAGUAUAGAAAAUCCGACGCUUCACAAAAGAGCGCUGUAUCUGCAGAGUUGGCUUCUCUGAAACUUGAGACUCCACCCUUCCAAAACUCAGUUUCAUUAAACGUGAGAACAGAUAAUGACAACAUUAAUUCAGAAGUUGUUCCAAGUGCCAGCGCAGCUGAGGAAAGUCAUACAAAGAUGCCCGGUACUGAUGCCGGGCUGGCAGAAACUGGGGGAGAGGAUUUCAAGUCUGCCACAGUUACGGAACGUGAGAGUGCUGAAACUGAGGAGUGUGAAAUUAAGGAUGCAGUGUGUAAGCCUCUGCAAAGCUGCAAUAAAGUGUUCCCCACACAAGCCAGCCCCGUUGUGCAAACAGCCGUAAAAGGCCAUAGCGCUGAGGAGAUCACAAAGGGAGAUGAGGCGGCUUUAGUUGGGGAGACUGCUAGCAGCCAAGGAAAAGAGAAAUGUGAGGUAAAAGUGACUGAGAAUAAAGAAGAAAUAGAAAAGCUGGGGAUUGUAAAUGUAAAUGGCAAAGACAGCAGCAGGGAGUCGGUCUCAGGCUAUUUUCAGGCUGAGGUGUCACAAAGCCGUGCAGAGGCUGUUGUUUAUCCCUCAGAGGGGGGCAUUGAUCUUUCUAAAGCAGAAGAACAUGGCAGCGAUAUAUUAGAUAAAGCAACUGCUCAUCCAUGUGUUGGUUUAAACUACCUGGAAGAGCCUAUUUCUACCAACCUCGCAUCCCUUGAUGAGUCAGAGAAACCCCAUGACCAAGUUCCUUUGUCAAAGCCCCACGAUGAUAUGAUGGUGAAAGCUACUGGGACUGAACCUCAGUGUGAUGGAGGUCCGGCUGAAAGGGCUCCUGCCUGCAGCUUCAGCCCCCCUGUUGAACAAGUGUCUGUGAGUAUAGAGGCUGCUGAUGUGGCCGAGAGUCCUCCUUUGGGAGAAAUUGCCCUGGAACAAGAUACAGACUGGAUUAAAGCACUAAAAGAAGCUGCAUCCCUCUCUCAGAGUGAACAAGUGAAGACAGUGGAUGACCUGAGACCCCUCCCAUCUCUGGAGUCUCCUCAGCUGGAGUUUCUAACUCCCACUGAAGAGACAGCUGUGCUGAGACAAGACGAGGAGAUCCCACCACCAGAUCAAGCAGCAGGGCAGGCAGUGGAGAGCCCAGCUCUGCUGGUUGCCAAGAGGCCAGUGGACCUUCCUCAACCUUUACAAAAGACUGUAGAUCUUCCAGAGCCAACACAGCAGACUGCCCCACUUUCCGAACCAACUCAGAGCGCAAAGGCAGAGCUCUCAGAAGAAAUAACCAACAAGGACAAGUCGUCAACACCAACCAAGACCGAGUUCUCUCCAGACAGGAGUCCAGAAUCUGACAACCAGCUUGUAGACGUAGCGGACGAUCAGACUGAGUUCUUCAAAGCAACCAAAAAGAUAGAAGAGAUCCCAGAACAGACUGAAAUUGAUGUAGACUCCAGAGAACCAACAGAGAAUGAAGAAUCGCAACUAAAACAGACGACCGAGUCUCUAAAGCAACAGGAGAAGCUGCCAGAAGAACUUGAGGAAAAACCAGUCGAGGUCCCACCUGAGAAAACUGACGUGACAACAGUCCAAGAUCCCCCUGAGGAGCUGCAGAGCAGCGGGCCCCCCCUCACUGAGCCCCCAGAGAGAGGUCACCCUGUCCCUGCUUGUCCUGCACCUCCUCCCUCUGAACACCAGCUCCCUCCUUCCCCCAAAGACACCACAGAGCCUCUUCCUCCCCUCCAAGACACCACAGAGCCCCCUCCUUCCCCCAAAGACACCACAGAGCCUCUUCCUCCCCUCCAAGACACCACAGAGCCCCCUGCCCCCCCCCCCACACCCCCGGGAAGUGACACACCUGCAUCAUGUCUUCCUCCUCCAGCCCCCGCCACCCCUGCCGCACCUUCCGCUGAUCGCCGUGAGGACCUAGACCCCGCCUCUGCUCCCUGCCGUGCUCCUUUCAGGAGCUCAGACUCUGACGGUGCUUUCGAGACUCCUGAAUCUACUACUCCUGUGAAAGCUGUUUCCCCUGUUGAUCCCCACAGAGAGCAACUAACAUCUGAUGGCGACGAUGCAAACGCCUCAGUGAGUGACCUUGUUCCUGAUUCUGCCCCAGCCGGUCUACCUUUACGCUCUCCGUCCAUUAACUUUGAUGAAAACAAGCCUAUUGCUGCAAGUGGUACAUAUAACUUAGAAGUCUACGCAGCGGAGCCACCAAGUCACACUCUGACCCGCUCUCUCAGCCUCCAGGGAGGAGAAUUAGAAAGCCCCAGUGCACCAUUGGAUGUUUCUGCGUCGGCAGGUUUCCGUGCGCAUUCUGAAUCCUUCAGUGUCGGCACCGAGAGUGCCCCGGGGACGCUUCGCAGGCCCAAAAAGGUCCGUCCUGGGUCUGUGAAGAAGAAGCCUCUCCUAAGACAAAACUCCAACCCUGAAGCCCAGAAGCCUGCCACUUCUACCGCCACACAAGAGGCCAAGAAACAGGCAAAGCCUGGAACUGCCAGCCCUCUGCUGUUUCCGGAGGAAACAGAAGGAGGCUCUGCAACCCCAAGUCCUGGAGGGACACUCCGUAGGACCAGGAAGAGCCGCGUGGAAACUCCUCCACCUCUUCAAGAGGAAAUCAAAGAUACCAGCCAGGAAGAGGAUUGUGGUGUCCCUGCCUUACCUUUAUGCCAGGAGGAGAUCUCCCUCCCUGCUAGUCUAACGGACAAAGAAGAAUCUCCAAUCCCUCCGAGUGCCUCUUACAAAUGGGAUCCAGAGAACUUUGACAGCAUUGACCCUUUUAACACUGGAGGUAGUAAAAUAGCCAAUUCUCCUGUUUUUGGUCGUAAAGACCUCGUUUGUGGUCCUGUUUCCAUCCCUCCAGAGGGUCCCCCUCCCUCUGUUGUUGAACCACAUUACCCCACUGCCCCUGCUCCUCUUGAAGAGCCAAACCCUGAGGAGCAACCCAUUCUACCCAAGCGUCAGGCAGUAAGACUGGAGUUUGACUACUCUGAAGAAAACUCUGAGGCAUCACAUCCAGCCUCUCCUCCACUGAAGAAAGUGGGCAAGAAGCCCGGUGGCAAGAUGCCUCAGAGGAAGGCAAAGCUGGGGUUGAAAAAGAUGCCUCCCGCACAGGUGGAGCAGCUGGACAACACCCCUCCUCCCACCCAUAAUGGCAAUGAGGAUGAACUCACAGUUCCUAAAGCAGCUUACAACUUUGAACCCGACAAAUGGGACGAUCCUAGCUAUAACCCGUUUACGUCAAAGAAAGCCGUCUCCAACUCUCCCAAAAUGCCUAGGCCAGCGUUUGGUUUCGAUGCCAAUAACUUUGAUGACUCCGUAGAUCCUUUCAAAUACUCCAACAAGUUGGCCAAUUCCCCUCCCAAGGCAGCUGCGUCUUUUGAAAUGUCAUCCAAUGACUAUGAUGAUGAAAAUGACAAUGACAACAUCGGGGAACUGGAGGAUCAAAACCAGAACAAACCUUCCAAGAAGAAGAAAACUCCCAUAAAAUCUAAUACUUUCAGGGUGAAGAGGUCGCCAAAGAAAACGCCAUUGUCAGAUACAUCACAGGAUCCUGGGUCCGCAGAUGAAUCUCCCUCGCUUCAUUCACAGGAUGAUCACGCCACCGAUGAGGAAAAGUUGGCCUCCACCAAUCAUAAGUGGGGACCCUUGCACGAUAUGGAUGCAGAUUUGAACUCUGAUCAACAAAGCUUCCCUCAGCCAUGCGACCUUACGUCUUUUGUGAACGAGAACAGUCUCCCUCAGGAGACUCCAGUGCAAGACUAUGAAAUUGAGUAUAUGGAGAAGAUUGGUUCCUCCUCCCCACCGCUGUCGUCAAAGAAGCCAUCUUUGUACUUGAAGUUGGACUCUGUAUCUGAAAACUUAACCAAAAAUACACGUGCACAUGGAUCAGAGCCCAGCUCCCCCUGCACAGGGAGCUUCGAGGAGAUGGAGGCCCAGAUAACGGCGGGCAUGAAGACGCCGGUGCUGAGCUCGCGGCCUGGUCCCGAGGGUUCCGCCGGGGAAAAGGGCAGGAAGAGGGAAAGCGAGUCUCUCAGCCGAACGCAGAGCACAGAGAGGGAUGAGCAGCCCCCUAGCCAGGGCCCCGCCGAGGCCCCUGCUCAAGACCAGACCUUGCCCCUGUUAGACAGGCUGUCUGAGUGCGACGACCCCCUGCAGUACCUGGAGCCUGACCUGGCCGAGACCAACCCCACCGCAUUCGCCCAAAAGCUUCAGGAGGAGCUGGUGCUGGCCGCCCUGAGGCUAGAGGCUCUGCAAGUAGCCAAAAUCAUCUCUCAGUGCCCCUCCCUCUCCACUGUAACCCCCCAGUCUCGGCUCAAGAAACCAAGCAACCGUCGGUGGAAUAUCAACGGUUCGCCCUUGCUUAAACACAGAGACGUGUCGUCUUCAGUCGACAGCGCUCUGCCCAAGACCUCGCUGUACGCCAGGACCACCUCCACCAGCAGCAGCAGCUACAUGGAAGGAGAGAGUCCUCACCUGCCCAGAGAACUGGACCACUCAUUGGGAAUUGCAAGAGAUGAGGUUGUGACAAAGGAGAAAGAAGUACUGGAGUGGCAGAGGAAGUAUGAAGAGAGUCGGCAGGAAGUGGUGGAAAUGAGGAGAAUUGUUGCUGAAUAUGAGAAGACAAUCGCUCAAAUGAUAGAGGAUGACCAGAAGGAGAAAUCUCUCUCCCACCAUACCAUCCAGCAGCUCAUUAUGGAAAAGGAUCAGGCCUUGGCUGACCUGAACUCGGUGGAAAAGUCUCUGGCUGACCUCUUCCGUCGUUAUGAGAAGAUGAAAGAUGUGCUGGAUGGCUUCCGCAAGAACGAAGAGGUGUUGAAGAAAUGUGCUCAGGAGUAUUUGACCAGGGUGCGCAAGGAGGAGCAACGAUAUCAAGCCUUGAAGAUCCACGCAGAGGAGAAACUAGACAAGGCCAACACAGAUAUAGCUCAGGUGCGAGCCAAGGCCAAGCAAGAACAAGUCGCCUACCAGGCCAGUCUGAGGAAGGAGCAGAUGAAGGUGGACUCUCUGGAACGCACUUUGGAGCAAAAGAACAAAGAGAUAGAGGAGUUGACGAAGAUCUGUGAUGAGCUGAUCGCCAAGAUGGGAAGGAGUUAGCGGCUACAACAUGAGCAAGCCUCAGAAAAGUAAAGUGAAGAUGAAGUGCAUCCCUCUUCCAAGAAAUGGUGGACGCUUAAAGGCCAGCGUGAAUCCACCGUGUACAGGAUACACAGGAACGACUUCCUCUUAAUUACUCUGUACAUUUUUGAUGUCUCAGUGUAUCGUACUGUAUUAAAGGUCUGGUUUAAAGUUUUAAAAAAAAUCUGUCAUAUCACUAAUGGGUGUGUCUGCGUGUGUGGGUGUGUGUAUAGUAAUGGGAAAGUACAAAUGUUGUGUGCAGGUUAGAUUAUGUAUUAUGACGUUGCCAUGACAGCCACAGAGGGAGAAGACUGUUUACCCACUCCUGUUUCUGCAUCCUCUUGAUGCAGGAACGAUAGACUCUGAAGAAGAGUAACAAAAUAUUCAGAUUUAUUCAUAAAAUGUUCAAACUAUCCCAGAAGAUUUUUGCAUGUAAGAAAGAAAAGGAAAAAAAACUUGUGAUAUCAAUGUUUGUAUAUAAUGUAUUGUAGGAAAAUCCAAGUUUGAAAAACUCACCUGCACUUUUGAUAUACAGUAGUUACCCAGCCAUCCUCACCCUGCUGCCCUCAUGUAACCAUGUAGAUAUUUGUCAUAGCUUUUUUGACAGAAUUGUGGAACUUUAUUUUUUGGAUUUUAUUUUGAUAUAAAGCAAAGUGAUCGUGACUGUAUUCAGUUGUGACCAGGAGUAACUUAAUUUUGGAUGAAUAUUUCCCAGUCCUGCAUUGGUCAUUUGUCACACUGAGGAAUAAUUUCUUCACUGCACAGCUACUGUACAGCAUCAGCUUAUAAAGUGCAAUAAAAAUAAUUGGCAAUACA